AUGUCUGACAGGAGCCGGCCAGAAGAUGACGAAGACGACGACGGGCUUUUACAACACCAAUUGGCAGAGACCGUCGAGUUUGUCGACACGCAGCAAUGGCCCUUGAGAGAAGACGACUUAGUGGGGAGCCGCCGAGAACUAGAGUCAGAAAGCAGUGACUACCGGCCCUCCGACUCGGAACCUUCUCCCGAACCCGCUGUGUCCGGGGUCAAGGAGGAAGAGGACGGCAGCGUCAGAUUGGGCGAUGUUGAAGCCCAUGACGGCAGCAGCGAAAGCGAGAGUGAAAGUGAAGACGAAGACGACGACGAAGACGAAAACGAAAACGAAGACGAAGGAUCGGCAUCCGCGUUCAGAGCCGGCCAGAAGCGGACUCGUGAGCGCACGUUUUCAACACCACUGGUCGACGACAGUGAACCGCAAAACAAGAAGCUAAAUCGAGCCAAGAGCUCCGUCAAUCUGCUUUACACUGAGAUUCUCGAGGACGACAUGGACGACGCCCGCCGAAAGUACGUUGCGGAGGACCGGACGAAGCUGUCGACUACGCAGAUUGGAUUGACCGUCUGGACCGCCGAAGAAAAGGAAAUAUUCUUUGAGUCCCUAGCCCGGCUUGGCAGUGAUGAUAUUCCGGGCAUCGCUGCCCGUCUCCUGGGGUCGAAGAGCGAGAUCGAGGUGCGCCACUACAAGCAUGUACUGGACGAAAAUGUACAAGCCCGCAAACGCGAUCCCCGGGCGCCGUUUCAUCGUCCGCUGCUCUCCGACAUCCCAGUGGCAACCGAAAUCGGUAAGGCCUGCUGCGACGCCCUUCAAAAGACGGCUGACGCAGUUGCACGGCGCGAAUUCCAACAGGACGCCAAAGCCGAGCAGCGCAAAUGGGGUCCACAGUGGCUCCUCACGGGCGACAACUGCCGCGCCCUGUCCAAGGCCGCCUUGGAAAUGGCCGGUAUGCCCGGUGACGACGAGGCCAGCAACCAGUCACCCAUGCCAAUCGGCGGUCCCCAAGGCGAGCGGCUGGCUGAGUUGGGUGCACAGAUGCAUCCCAACUCGGUCCCUAUGCUCACUCUUUUCGACGUGCGGACCAUGCUGCUGCUGUCCGAGCGCGUCUUCAUGAACGGCACCGAAGAGGACGCCAACUACAUGGGCCUAGGAGACGCACUGCCGGCGAUGCACAUGUCCGCUCUCCACGACCUCUACGCACUCGUGUACGCGCUGACACAACGGCUAGCGGCCACGGCCAUGCACUUCUGCCGAUCACGCGACCAGGCGAAGCGGCAUCUCCCACGUAGCGUCAAGAAGCUCGUACGACCCCGAGAUGUUCGUGCAGCCGUUGCGUCACUAGGCCUCAAGAAAGACAGCCAGGUCUUCUGGGCCCGCUGUCCACGGCGACUGGGCUUGAAUGUGAGGAGAACGGCCAUACCGUUUGCUGAUAUGCAAAGCUCCGGCAUUCGGACCGCCGCCGCUGCCGGCUCAGCACCAGAUGUUUCCGAAAACAAUGCAGAAGGAAGCUCUGACGACAAGGAGGGCUCACAAGACAGCAGUAGUGAUGACGACAGCGACAUAAUAUCAACAUACGGCGAAGUCGAAAAAGAACUUUUACCGGACGGUGCCGACCAGAAACCGUCAUCACUCGGCAUUGAUGAAGAUGAAGGUAGCCUUGGCGAAGAAGACGGCUUGAGCGACAUUGAUGACUACAGCGAUACCGACGAGAGCAACGAAUACAGCAGUAAUGACACCGACGAAAGUCAAGAGAGGGACACAAACGCCGCCACAACGGAACAGCGCGUAACGACAGAGGCCAACGAAAUCAUCCACCACACUGCCAACGGCUACCCGACCGCCGCGUGGGCCGAGACCAGCCUCAGGAACCGCAUCCGGGACGAGCUCAAGGAGGAGGAAUACGCGAGUGCUGUCGAUGAGCACGCAAGCCGUCGCGACGAAUUGUACUUGUGGGCGGUUCUUGGGCAGCGGCCGCCGCCGGAGACGGGACUGGACCAGUUCAACGAAAAUGUACCGCCGCACGUCGAAGGUUUCUCGGCCGAUGCGCGGCGCUACCCCGUCGACGAGAUUAUCGCGACGGGCAGUGACUGGCGCGAUAAGCUGCAGUACGAGGCCGAGUGGGAGGGCGCAGCUGUUCAGGCACAGAAGAUUGCCAAGGAAGAAGUGAGGCAAGCGAAUGAACUGUGA